GAGCCAGGCGGGAGCCGGGAGCAGCCCGGAGGCUGCUGCUACCCGCAUGCCAGAGGCUCCCCGGGAGGAGGACGAGGCCCCCGAGCUGUGAGCGGCGGAAGCAGGCGGCACCGCUGGCCAUGGCCUCCAACUUUAACGAUAUCGUCAAGCAGGGCUACGUGAAAAUCCGCAGCAGGAAGCUGGGGAUUUUCAGGCGAUGCUGGUUGGUUUUCAAGAAGGCUUCUAGUAAAGGACCCAGAAGGCUUGAAAAAUUUCCAGAUGAAAAAGCGGCAUAUUUCAGAAAUUUUCAUAAGGUAACUGAGCUUCACAACAUCAAAAACAUAACCAGACUGCCUAGAGAGACAAAGAAGCAUGCAGUGGCAAUUAUUUUUCAUGAUGAGACAUCAAAGACAUUUGCCUGUGAGUCAGAACUGGAGGCAGAGGAGUGGUGCAAACAUCUUUGCAUGGAGUGUCUAGGAACCAGGCUCAAUGAUAUAAGCCUUGGGGAGCCAGAUUUGCUUGCUGCUGGAGUCCAGAGGGAACAAAAUGAGCGAUUCAACGUAUAUCUUAUGCCUACACCAAAUUUAGAUAUCUAUGGGGAAUGUACAAUGCAGAUCACACAUGAAAACAUCUAUCUCUGGGAUAUCCAUAAUGCCAAGGUCAAGCUGGUCAUGUGGCCUCUGAGUUCUUUGAGGAGAUAUGGGCGUGACUCAACAUGGUUCACAUUUGAGUCUGGAAGGAUGUGUGACACAGGAGAAGGACUGUUCACCUUUCAGACAAGGGAAGGAGAGAUGAUCUAUCAGAAAGUCCAUUCUGCAACACUGGCAAUAGCUGAGCAACAUGAAAGACUAAUGAUGGAGAUGCAGCAAAAGGCACGGCUCCAGACCAGUCUGAGUGAACCAAUGACAUUAUCCAAGUCAAUCUCACUUCCCCGUAGCGCAUACUGGCAUCACAUCACCCGACAGAACAGCGUUGGAGAAAUCUACAGUUUACAAGGAUGUCUAAUGGGAGAGUCGUCAGAUUUCCUGGUUUCUUGGUCACGGACUGAUGAUAUCAAACCAGGGAUGCAGGUCACAGUCUCAGUUCAACAAAGGUGUCUCGUGCACAGACGUUUCCCAGCUACGCCUCAGAGCCGGCCAAGGAGCACCAGCAGUCCCUGUCGCUGUCUAGCAGCUAUGGAUUCAGCUACAGUUCAGCCCUCAUCCAAUGAUACACACACAACAGAUGACCAGAGAGACAAUCGAGCCUGGAACCUGCCAGUAGGGUCAGGAAGCCAGUUGCACCCUCAGAAUCCACGAAAGACAAAUUAUAAUGAAAACUGAGGCCUACCAGCUCCAGUCUGGUCACAGUGAAGAUUAAAAACUGCAGUGCAACUUCCCUGAGAGACAGGCUAAGUCUUUUUAUUUAUUAAAUUUUUAUUUUCUUUGGUCCAUAUGUAAAAACAACCAGACAGAUUUCCAGGUGUAAGAAAGCAAUUGAAUCCAAUGAAACCCUGUUGGUGUGAAGCAGAGGUUUCUGCUUCACAGGACACCACCUGUUCUGGGGUGGAAACAUGACGACACAAUCAACGUUAGACUUGUCCCCCAACACUAUGGUCAAGUUGCCCAUCUCCAUUUCCACUGACAGCACCCACCUUUUUUAUAUCCAAGUGACCGCCCAUUGGUUCCAAUUGGUACUGGAAAAGUGUUGUCCGUUAAACAGUAUAGCGACUGUAGAUGUUAUCCUUUGAAAUAAGCAAAGCUGCAAUUACAAAAAGGAGUGAACACCUUUUUAAUCAGGCUCCCAUGGCUACCAUGUUUAACUAAACAUAUAUAUAUAUAUAUAUAUAUAUAUAUAUUGGGAGUAGCAAGAUAAUCUUCAGUAAUAUCUUGGGAAAUAGAAUUUGGUGCAUUAAAAGUAAUAUUACUACCUAGUAUAGCUCUCAUUUUAAAUUCCUAAGGCCAGUUUCUGCUUCUGAAUGCCAUUCAGAGCUGUACAUACGUAUCUAAAGGGCAGAAUCCGGCUCUUAGAACUGUGAAGUCUUCACAUCUGCAAAAUAUCUAAACAGGACUGUCUACUGUUAUGACAAGUAUAUCUUUAAAAAAAGAAGGGAAACUAUUCUUCAAACAAAGGAAUCUGGGCUGAAUUCUUGAAAGGCAAACUCCUAUUCUACCUAAUGAGCUAGAUUCUCUGCUAGUGUCUAGCAGCCUAGCUCUAAUUCUUGUGCUUCUGGUCAUUGUUACUUUGAUUUUUUCAGUUUCUUUCCAGGAUUUCUGUUUUAGCCACAUUGUGUGUGUUGUGUAUGAUUGUGGAUCGAUUACCUUGGAAAGACAUGGAACAAUUCUAAACUAGGCCUGUCCGUGCUUGAAAGGCAUUUAAAAAAAACCUGCUAAGUUUGUUUAGAAUCAGUAAGGGAUAAUGGGGAAGGCACAAAUGUAGGUCUGGAGAAUGAGUUUGAGCUGCCCUGAAUGUUUAAUUUUUCAUAAGGGUCAUCAAUUAUUUAUGUGCAGCAUCUGAGGCUCUGAAAUGCUGGAAAUUGGGGGAACAAAAAUCUACUUGCUCUGUAUCAUGUGAGCCAACCGUACAGUCCAUUCUCUUUAUGGAUUGUUUGCCGUGAUUACCAGAGGAAUUCUUGUCAUUAGUUGUCAGGACUGGCAGAAGCAGCAGAACAAGGAAAAGAGCAGUAGAUUCUUUUUCCAAUGACAUGAACAGUUUUAUCUAUGGUAAUUUAACUGAAAAAAGGCAGGGUUUUUUAUAAAAAGGUACAAAAGAAAUGUCUGCUUUGACUAAACAUUUAUUGAUACAGUAUGUUUGACUUUUCUCCAAACAUUUUACAGGCUAACAGAUUGCAAACUUGUACACCUCUGUGAAAAGCUGCUGAAUGAAAAGGUUUGUGAUUUGUUUGUUACAGAGUGCAGCUGAUUCAUUUAAUCAAGGUUAUUCUUUUCUUUCUUUGCCUUUCUCUUCCCAGUCCUUAUUGGGCCUCUUCCCCCACCACAUUCACAAAUAGAACAGCCCCCUGUAUAGCAUAACUGGCUAACCCCACAAUGGAAAUACGCUAUCCAACACGGUCAGCAAAUUGCCCCCAUGAUACUGCACCCAUCAAUAAAGCCUCAGCUACACUCUUCAUUUUUAAAAAGAAAAUCCGGUUCAGAUCCUCAGCGGGUAUAAUUUGACAUAAAUCCAUUGUUCAAAGGAGCUAUGCCAGAUUUACAUCAUUUGACGAGCUGGCCUAAUAUUUUUACUUCUUUGUAACUGGAAAUGCUGCAGCUUGCCCACAACGAACAAGAGAGAGAGAGAGAGAGAGUGUGUAAAAAAUUUCCUUCAUAUUUCUUGGUCUAAAUAUUCUUGUGUAUUUCAUGACCUCAGAUUCUCAUUCACUGUGUCCCUCAGUGAUAUCAAUGUUGGUCACUUCAUGGUCCAAAACCCAGGGAACUGGCAGGGUGAAAAGUGAAAAUGGAAGCAUUGGAAUUGCCAUACAGACCACAUGUCCAUAUGGUGGUAUAUGAUUGUUGAUAAUCUGUGUUAUUUUAGUCUAGCCCUUGUAACGGCAGAAACUAUCUGCUGUCCCCUGCAAAAAAAAAAAAAAAAGCCACUUAUAGGAAUCUUAGUAAUUGCCUUUAUCUGCAUAACUUUGAGUGGCUAUAAUUUCCAAACCACUCAUUCUUUUAUCAACUCUUUAACCAGUCCUUGCACCUUCAGGUGCAGCUAAAACAAAAGAAAAAGGAGGGAAAAUAGGUCCAAAAUUAAGUUAAAUUAAACCUAUAGAAAACUUGAUUUCUCAGACAGUGAACUAAAGCUUAAAGGAAGCUAGAGACAGACACAACAGCACUUGCAGCAUCUUAUAAAGACUCAUUAAAAGAAAAAUGGACACCCCAGACACAGGGAUUUUCAGAAGCAGAUGAGUGGAUUCUACCAUUUGCUUUAUGUGCCACCUCAGAACUGCAGGUGAUACAGCUGAAGAGGCUUUGGUUUGUCAUUCCCCAGAAGAGUGUUACACUUCCUACAAGAACUGGUAAGGGCUCGUGCUAGCCAUAUCACAAACACUGCCUUCAUUGAAUUACAGUAACUUGUGGCAUAUGCCUGCUCUAUGAUAUGAGUGGCUUCUCAUUGAAAAAAGCUUUAUACAGCUCCUAAUGGGGUUCUGCCAGAAGGAGCCACCUUUUUGGCACAUAGCUGAGCUGCAGUCUAGAGCCCACCAGGGUCCAUAAGAAGCCUUUGGACCACAAAGAGUCCUAUUCAAGUCUCAGCUUCAUUCCUGUGCCACAUACACAGAUAAGAAGUCCACUCCUGAAGCAUGAAAACUGAACUCUGAUUUCAGCUCCUGGGCUGUGUAGAGCAAGAGGGCAACAAAAUGACUUCUGUGGUUCUGGUAACGUGAAUAUAUCUAAUUAGCUUUGAUUUACACUUUGAAAAGGACUUUUCUAAUAUAAAUACCCAGGGUGUACAUUAGUCAUUAUAUACAAAUGAGGCACUGCAUAGUUGCACCUAACUAGAAUCAUAGCACGUGAGAUGUUCUAGUAGAUUGUCACAUGCUGAUGUUUCUAAGCUAUAGCAUUCACUUAGGGCAGAUAAGGGGAAAUGGAGUGGAGACCAGUGAUAAGUAAUGAAAUAUGCUUCUAAAGUAGUGUAGUUUCCUCAGGGUGGUCAGUGCCCCCUCCCCAGUUUUUAAGUUGAUACAUUAUGACACUUUUUGCUUUAAUUUGGCUCUGAGUAUACUAUUAUGGAUCAAUUUUGCUUGCCUGCAUUAAAUAUCUUGAAAUCUGGA